AUGGCGCUUCCUGUCUACUCAAACACAGGAGGGCCACUGGCUAAAACAUGGCGUGGGAGAUGGAAGACAGCAACUGUGGUACCUAUUCACAAACCCGGCAAAGACCCAACCGACCCCACAAACUACAGACCCAUAUCCCUGCUACCUUCAAUAAAACGGAAGAGCGAGAUCCAGGAACGCAUCGAAAAAUAUGAAGAAUCCUUGGAGCUGAUAACCACCGGAGAAGACAUCCAAAAGGGUAAGAUGCACUCAACUUCUAACACCGCUAUUGUGCAUACUAACCCCCAGCCCCCCGUUCAGGCACUAACCACUAACAAAGCAGACAGUGAGGCCCAAAUCGAUAAAGAAAAAAUGGAAGUAGAGAUUCACCAGGACCCCCAAGCAACUAAAAAUAACGCCAAGAAGCCACCAAAAAUAAACGCAGUGCAAAAGAAUAACCCCGCAAUUUUUAAGGGCGAUGAGCAAAUAACUGUACUAGAUGGAGAAAACGAUGAGGGAUUCCAAACCCAAAAAUUAAGAAAUAAACAUAAAAGGCGUCUCUCAGAUGAAAAUAGAUCAGGGAAGAAACACCUUAUUGAAAAAAAAUAUAGCAAUAGAAACAAAAAUAAAUUCAGCCCUCUACAAAAUAUGCAAGACCAAACAAUAGGCCCGAAUAUCCCACCAAUUGUAUUUAAGAAAACAAACAGCUACCAAGCAAUAAUUAAAAGACUUAACGAAACGCAUAACAUCAGUUGCAAGGCAAAGCCCUCGGGAGAAUUCCUCCAUCUCUACUGCGAGUCAACGGAAGACCACCGAAGAAUAAAAAAUUACUUUGAGGAAGAGAAAAUAGAAUAUUAUGUUAUCUCCAGUAGAAUAGAAAAGCCGACAAAAAUAGUUAUCAAAGGACUACCGAUAGAUACCCCAUGUGAAAAAAUAAAAAAUGAGUUAAUUAAAAAAGGAUACAGAGUUGUCAGGGUGAAUCAAUUCAAACAAUUCAAAACUAAGCAACACCUCCCAAUCUUUCAGGUCCACCUAUACAAAUCCGAUAACUUACAAAAUAUCUAUAAUGAAGACACGCUAUGCUAUAUGAUCAGCAGAAUAGAAAAGUACAUCCGCAAAACUGUGGGUCAAUGUUUCAAAUGUCAAUCCUUUGCGCACGUAAGCCAAAACUGCAGAAUGCAAGAAAGAUGCGUAAUCUGGGCUGAGAAUCACGAUUCGCGCAACUGCCCACAGAAAAAGGCUGAAACAGUUAAGAAAAAAUGUGCGAACUGCGGUGGCCCGCAUACUGCAUCUUAUCGAGGGUGUCCCAAGUUCCCGAAACUAAACAUCAACAGGAAUGGAGAAAUCCAGCAAGGCAAAUCUUUUGCAUCCCUGUUCAAGAAAUCAAAUAUUCCACCAACCUCAGCACCCUCAAAAGCCCCCGCAAUGUCAACUCCUCCAAACGCAACAGAACCACCAAUUCAAUUAUCGAAAAACAACCAAGAGUUUGAAGAUACCUUCAAACUGCUCAAUCAUCUAAAAACAAUAACAGUAGCUAUCCCGAACCUAAAAGAAAUUCUACAAAAACUAUAUAAAGAAAAAAAUCCUCUUAAUAAACUCUUCAAUCUAGCUGAAGCAUUCUCCCCAACUAGCGUAUAA